AUGGGUUUCCUCAGGAGGAUGGUUAGCCUCUCCUUUAGAGAUAGGAUGACAUCAGUCUUUCCAUUAGCUUUGUUGCUCUGUUUGUCCAGCGGACUGUUGGCUGCAUAUGCUUCCUGCCCUCCUGGUUGGACUCAGUUUGGCUCUCGCUGUUUUGCUUUCUACAUGCAGACAAAGACCUGGCUCGAUGCAGAGACCUUCUGCCUGACCAUUGGUGGGAAUCUGGCUUCCAUCCACUCAGAUGCCCAACAUAAAUUCAUCAGAAACUACACUAACCAAGUGUCCGGCGGAAACACACAGGCCUGGAUCGGAGGCAGUAGCGCAGUGGAGGUGUUUACGUGGUUGUGGACUGAUGGAUCCAAAUUUGACUACACAAGCUGGGAUGCGGGGGAGCCUAACAACCUGGGUGGAAGGGAGUUCUGUCUUCUGAUGAACUGGAAUGGACACUCCUGGAACGACUGGAAUUGUGACAACCAGGCUGCUUUUGUGUGCUCCAAGAACCUGUGUGUGUAACUCUACCACACCAUCAUGAUGCCUCUCCAGCUCAUCUAUAAUCUCUAUCAUUGAUUCACUUUCAGUUUGUUCAGCAGACAGAAACAGCUCUCUGCUGACAGAUGACUCACUUUCACUUGUUUAUUAUCUGAAGAGUUAGGGAACAGUUCACAUUUGGGUUUAAAAUUAGACAGAAACUGGCUCACUGAGCUGGAAAAAAACUAAUCAGUAAUUGGACUUUCCAUCUACAGUAAAUAACACAAAUUAAAUACAUCUGAUAUAAUAUUAUCACACUAAUUAGAUUUCUCUCUGAGAGUUAUUGUUCAGAUCGAUACAACUCUCAUGUGUGUACGCUAAAUAUGAAGUUCCCUCGAGCAGACGUUAGCUUAGCUUAGCAUAAAGACUGGAAACGGGCAGAAACAACUAGCUUAGCUUAGCAUAAAGACUGGAAACAGCUAGACUGACUCUUUCCAAAGGUAAACCUACCAGACAGGAGUGGUGAUGAUCUUUUUAUCCAAAAUGAUAGAAAAUAAAAGUGUGUAUUUUGUCGGACUUGUCAUUGAUACAAGAGAAGAAUGCAACUGUAAUACCACUUCAUAAUUAUUAUUAAUAAUUCAUAUAGUCCACUGGUUUAAUGAACUGGUUCCUUUUUAUUCUUAAAACUGAUGUGUUGUUCUUUAUUCAUCUGAUUUCCUUUACUAUAUAAUCAACUAAGCAUUCAAAAAUAAAAGACAUAUUGUCAC